AUGCACUCUCAGUUAAUAUCACUAUUCAUUAAGGAAGAGUCGCGAAACGAAGCAAAUGCACUUGUUGCAUCUACUCAACAGAAGAUUGCGAAUGCGCUUGCUGCGGUAGAAGUUCUGCAAGUUGAGAAAGAGAGAUUGGAGAAGGAACUAGACGAGACACGUGAGAAAGUUGGAGAAAAGCCAGUUACUUCUAUUGUCCAACUUCGCAACAGAGUGAAGGAACUCGAGUUUGAUCUAUCACGUGAGCAGCGCUCAUCUAAUGCUUUACAAAUGGCUUUGGAUUUCCAAAAAACCAGGAAUGAGCAGUUACAGAAGGAGAUUGAUGAAUCAAACAACGCAAAGAAGCUCGCAGUGUCAUCUCUUUCAUCCAAAAUUAAAGACAGUAUGAGGGAGACAGCGGAGCUUCGUGUCAAAUGUCAAUCUUUGUUGGAUGACCGCGAACGCGUUGAAUCUGAAUUGGGUUCCGAAUUGCAACUUGUGAAUCAGCGGUGUACGCACUUGAGAACACACUGCGAUCGACUGUCAAACGAAUUGACAAAGCUACGGAAGGAAUGUAAAGUAGCAGAAUGUCGCUUGUCUACAUUAAUUGAAGAGAAUGCUGUACUUAGAAGAAAAGUGAGUUUAGUCAUUAUUUGAAC